AUGUCUGAUGAUAUUUCGCAUUCCAAUAGCGUCAUAGAAGCAUUCGAGUAUUUAAAUAUCGCCAGCGAUGACGAUGAGUGUGAUUCGUGUGUGCCCCAAUUGGCAGACGCCACUCACGAUCUCUCGUGCAGAAUGCCCCAAACAGCAGGUGAUGUUGAUGUGGACAAUUGUGACGACACGAGUUUGGAAUCGGAAUCGGACUCGAACUCGUCGUUGGACUAUAUUGUCGUUGUGGAUACUUCAGAUGCCCCGUCAGAGACAAGCUUCCUCAGGCCAUCAGAUUUGAACUCAGAUUCGGACGUACAGAUCUUGGAUUGGGAUUCUGAUACAAAUACGAUACCAGAAACCGACAGCGACAACGACAGCGACAGCGACACCAAUGGCAGCCCAACUGGGCCAAGUAUUAUGGAUAAACGUGUAAGUACUCCAAUCAAGCGCAAACACGAAUGCCGCCCAAAGAGCAAGGAGAAGCAAUCUCCUAAUGACACAUCGGAUCUGAGUCCAGAGGUGGAUUCGUUGCCAGUGAUAACCACACGCAGUGGAAGAGCUGUGCGUCAACGCAUGGACCAUAAGUUUGAUUACUCGUCGUCGAACGAGCUGAGCGUAGAUAAUUGCAAUGAUCCCGACUUUGGAGAUCACGAAGAUGAAGAUGAAGACGAUGACGAUGACGAUGACGAUGAUGACGCUGAUGACGAGGAUUACAAUGAGCAGGAUCACGUUGAGCCCAAACGUAAACAGCGUCGCUUAUCAUUUCACAGUAGCUGCUGUAGCAGCAGCAACAACUCGAGCUCCAUGGCUGAAACGGAUACCAUCAUCUAUCUGGACUUGAGGCAAUCUGUGGCCAUUGUCAGCAGCGAGCCGACAUCGGAUCCUGCUGUCGAAUAUGACAGUGAGCUGAAGACGCGACUGAAUAAGUUUCUGGGCUUAAUGCCGGCACAGCGCCGUCUCUACAAUCCAAUGGCCAACUAUGAGCUUCAGGACAAUCACAUGGAUGAGAACGACAACCCUCCCACGCAGACCAGUCGUCUAUGGGCAACCAGCAGCAGUGUGCAAUCAAAAGCGACAACAAAACUCUGUGCUAGUCCAAUGCCAUCUCUGCUCAAAAGGCUGGGAUCCGAAAUAUCCAACGAGAUGAAAAUGCUGCUCAUAGACGACAUUGUGCAACGUGCCAAUGCCAACUGCUUUGAGACUCAGACACCUCAGCAUAUCAAAGAGCCCAUCGAUCUAAGUAGUUUACCAAGGGAGGAGCAACGCACACGUAACUGCCAGCAACACAAGAAGAUUCACACCUUGCUGGAUCCCUGUGCGGGCUAUUACAGCUUCUUGGAUUCACUAAGAUCCGAAACGCCUCUUAACAUGUGUCAUCCACUUGCUGUGGAUUAUCGGCAGCGCGACUUUGAGGUGUCCAAGACAAAGCUGGCCAAGACCUUGUUCAAUGCGCUCAAUCACACAGUCUUCUAUUGUGGUCUGCGUUCUAGUAUUGUGUGGAAGAACUCAAUGAAUACACUGAGUAGCAUUGUCCAUGGCUUUGAUUCCAGUGGUCAGCGAGUUUCGCGUAUUAUUCUCUGGCAGCAAAUGAAGUAUCCUGGAGUACUGGUGAAGGCGCUGCUCCAUGAGAUGUGUCAUGCCGCCGCCUUUGUCUACCAUGGUGAGACAGGACAUGGCGACAACUGUCGCAAAUGGGCUUAUCGCGCCAAAUCUUUGUUGCCGGAGCUGCCGCAGAUUGAUGAUUGCAAUUCGAACUACAAAUACACUUGUCUUCUGUGUCGUGGUCGCUCCUUUGGUAUUAUGAAGUUUGAGUGCGAGGAUCAGCGGCUGCGGUGUCAUUACUGUCAGUUCGAGGUGAACGUGGAGACUUGCAACGUCGAAUACGCCCAUAAUCUCUCCCUCACCGAUCAGCUGGUGACGCCCUAUAAGAAGUUCGUUCAAGCCAACUACACAAAAAACGAGGAGAGCAGCCACAGCUCCAAGAUGCGGGCACUUAACGUCCAAUACAAGGAGCAACUGCAACAGACGGCUUCUAACUAAUGCUUUAUAUUUAUUUUCAAAUAAUUUUUUUUUGUAAUAUUAAUCGGUAUGUAACUCCAUUUAAGACGAGCUUUACAAUGAAAGGCAAAAUACAAUGAACAAGGCUUCCAGUUAGAGAUCGCAAAUACAAAUUGAGUUAAAAAUAUUAAACCCAAUAAACGAAAACUAUCUGAAUGAAUGAAAAAA